GAUUGAAAGAAUUUAGAAUCACAGUCAUUGCGAACAAGUAGAAGAGGAUUCCAGGAAACUAGUGUUUUUCUUUUCAAUUUUAAGGAGCAUAUUGAAUACCAACAAAAUAAUGGCCGAAACGAAGUUGAGUAUAAAGGACCAAAGAUGGUCACUCCAUGGAAUGACUGCUCUAGUGACCGGAGGCACCCGAGGCAUAGGGUAUGCCAUUGUAGAAGAAUUAGAAGAAUUUGGGGCAGCUGUUCAUGUAUGUGCACGUACUCAAGAUGAUGUUAAUAAAUGUUUGGAAGAGUGGAAAAGCAAGGGACUUAAUGUGACAGGUUCAGUAUGUGAUAUACUAUACUGCGACCAACGUAAAAGAUUAAUGGAAACUGUUUCCUCCAUUUUUCACGGAAAGCUCAACAUUCUAGUUAACAAUGCUGCUACAAUUAAAUCGAAGAAAAUAAUAGAUCACACACUUGAAGAUAUAACAGCUAUAAUGGGAACUAAUUUCGAGUCUUCAUAUCAUUUGUGUCAACUAGCACACCCACUUCUGAAAAACUCUGGAUAUGGGAGCAUAGUGUUCCUUUCAUCCAUUGCAGGUUUAAAAGCUUUUCCUGUUAUAUCUUCAUAUGCAGCCUCUAAAGGAGCCAUAAAUCAAUUCACUAAGAACAUAGCAUUGGAAUGGGCAAGGGAUAACAUGCGAGCAAAUGCUGUAGCACCUGGACCUGUUAUGACCACACUUUUGGAGUCAUACGUGGAUUCUUGUGAAGGGAAUGAGACUGUGGAUAUUGCAGUGUCUCAAGCACCCGUGAAUCGCUUGGGAGAGCCGAAAGAGAUAUCAGCAUUAGUAGCUUUUCUUUGCCUUCCGGCAGCAUCGUUCAUCACUGGACAGGUUAUAGCCGUUGAUGGUGGUUACACUUCCUAAAUUGCUAUUAGUGAUUCAGAGAUCAAGAAUGAGCAACUCUACUGUAUAAACUCCUCUACUUUGUCUAGUAUUUUUCUACGGUUUA